UCCAGCUGUCAGAGGGGAGCGUGUGUGUCAGUUCCUCGGCUACUCGAGGGGAGGAGUGUCCUUGUUUCAUUGCUGUAAGGGACGAAGGAGGUAAUAAAGGCUGUUUUGAUAGAGCCAGUAAGUAGGAAGAGACAGUCAAAAAGACAGAAAUGAAGGAAAGGGAAAGGGUACCAAAACCCGGAGGCUCUGACAGGACAAGGCCAAAACCCUCUACAAGACCUGCACCUGGGACCAAGGAACCUACUUCAAGGACAAGGCCAGCUCCCGGUGCACCCAAAGCCUCUUCAUCCUCUUCAAAAUCAUCGUCCUCUGGAGCCAAGGCUUCAACGAGUGGUGCAAAAUCAUCAUCAUCCACUUCAAAGUCAUCAUCAUCCACGUCAAAGUCGUCAUCAUCCACGUCAAAGUCGUCAUCAUCCAGAGCCCCUGCGUCAACAUCCAGAACUCCAGCAUCAACAUCUAGAACCCCCGCAUCAUCUUCGAAGACUCCAGCAACAAAAUCAUCUUCAUCCCGAGCCCCGCCGACAAGGUCAUCCUCAAAACCCCCAUCGGAUUCAUCGAGAACUCCAAAGACUGCAGCUUCGACCUCCUCAAAGUCCAGGUCAUCAUCAAAGCUAGACGAGAAGCCAUCAGCAAGUAAUGCCAGACCUCCAAGACCAAGUGACAAAGAUGGCAGAUCUAAUCGAACAAGUUCAAGGAGACCAGGUGAUUCGAGGUCUCCAUCCAAGGCAGACCGAGAGUCUCGUAGGGGGGAGAAGGCGGCCUCUAAGUCAUCGUCAGGCAGUAGUAGCAGGACUUCAAAAGAUCCUGACCGAAGUAGAGAUGAAAAGAGACGCUCCGAUCCGAAGUCAAGCGAAAGGAGUAGUACUUCUAAAAGCCAGAAAGAUACUUCAGUAAGAAAAGAGAGAGACAAAGGCGAUAGCGUGAAAUCUUCGAGCAGAAGUAGGCGCAGCAAUGAUGAGGAUUCAGCAUCGGCUGCAAAAGACAGAGGUAAAGGAGAUCAUGCAAAAUCAUCCAGUAGAAGUAAGCGCAGCGCUGACAGUGAGCCCCCUUCGGAAAAAGCACCGAAGGAACACAAAGAGAAAUCGAAGGAAAGAAUCAAAUCCAGCAAGUCCGAUAGAAUCAAAAGUUCUCGAACAAAAGAGAGAUCUCCAAGUGAACAACAGGAUUCUGGUGUUGAUGAUGUGAAUCUGAAGGGACCCGUGAUCAGUCAGAAUGGCCUAGGGCCAGACAUGGACGCAGUUGACCAGAACCAGAAUAGCCUUGAAACAAUGGAGUCAGGAAUAUCGCUGUCAUCACCAAGAGACCUAAGUGAGGUUGACGUAGAGGAGUCCAUAUCUUCAAAGAUGGUCGAGGUAGACGAAAUGCAGGACGCAGACCUUGAUGAUGAGGACGAGGCUAUGAUCGACAACGAAGAAAGUUUCCUUGAUAUGGAGGGUAAAUUUUCCCAGAAUGCAAGUAUGGACAUGACAGGGGAAACAAACCAGGCACAGGGUGAAGAUGAUGACGAUAACGAUGACUAUGAGGAAGAUUUUGAGGAUUAUGAGUCAGACUUUGAAGAUGAUGAUGGAGAUGAGGAUGAAGAUGAUGACACGGAUGAGGAUGAGGAUGAGGAUGAUAAUGAUAGUGAAGCUGAAGAUGUUAGUGCUAAUGAAGACACGGAAGAAGAUAGUGAUGUAGGUGAACCAGAUCCUAAUAUGGCUGAAGUUCUGAGAGCUUUACAAGAGGAAAAUGAUUUGAAGAAAAGAUUACAACGUACAGUUAGUUUUGAUGAACCAGACAUGGAUGAAGAACCAGAACCAGACACGUUACCGGCACAGGAUGAAGAACCUAAAAUUGAACCAGCGUUGGAAACUUACCCUACAGUCAAACCUGCAGAAGCUCCUAACCAGAGACCAAAGACCUCUCGAAGUUUUGUCAACUUCGCUGUUGCUAAGAAGAAGCAGGCUGCAGCACAGCUGUCUUCUAAAAUGAGCACCCGAGGGCAGAAGCUGUUGAACAUGAUACAGCUGGAUACUGUUACAGUAGAAUUACUAACUUUGUCACCAGUUUCCUACGAGGCAUAUAUAUCCAGCUUUGGGCAUUCUAACAGACAACAGGUUAGCAUCCAGACAAAUGAGGAUGCUUUGAGUGAAGAAGUCCAGACUGACGAAAUUCUGAAAAGGGAUAAGUGGACCCAAAAACCUGUACAUAUAAGUAUUGGCAAGGACGAAAAAUUGCCUGAGCCUGAGGACUACCUUGGGGUCGGAGGAGACAUGGACCCUAUUGGUUUUACCGAGAGUUCAACCAGCAACACAGCACGACUCACCUCAUUCCUUACCUCAGCAUCGCAGGUGAUGCUGGCACUCCUGGAAGAAGAGCUGGUAUGGGAGCUAGAGAAUACCAAGAAGACAAAUGACGUGGAGACUACAUCCGAUGGUUUAGGCUUCUCUCACCCGCCCGUACCCAUGGGCUCUAGCGUCCAGUCUCUCCUUGAAGGUCGACCUUCUCCUUUUGUUCAGUUCUGCAACAGUGAACCAAUGAUGCUUUUAUCUGGCCAUGGUUUCAGAAAUGUGGAAGAAGAAUCUGAAGAUGAGGCCAAAUUGAAUGAAAGCAGUCUCAUUUGUGUUUGGUGGGUGCAGGAGCCCUCGCGUCCUCAGCACCUUCUUAGUUCUCGUUCAGUACCCACAAGUGCCACCUUCAGUCCUGGCCGUCCAUCGUUGGUAUUAGCUGGCUUAGAGGAUGGGUCCUUAGCUGCGUGGGAUCUCCGAGAGCCUGUCACCCUUCACACACAGUUUAUAGAAAUAGACGGAGUUAUGUGGAAAGUUCGAGUGCCCUCGUUUGUCACAGCCUGCAAUGAAGUUGGUGAUGGAGAGGGAAGCAAAAUUGUUUCAAUACAGGCUGUAACUAAGCAGGAGGAUAUGGAUAUGAACAGCCAAGGAUCAUUUCAGGUUGUUACACUGUCUAGGGAUGGAAGAGUAACAUGGUGGGUUGUUGUGCGGGUUCCACUUGUGAGUGCCGUUGGAGACAUCCUUGGAGGGAAGAAGUCAGGUAUUAAUAUCACGAAGAGCAAUUCUGCAGUUGUCUCUCCGCAUCUGGGAGCUUCACCCUGGUCGAGGAUCGCUCUCAACCGAUCAGCAACAAUCAGUGUGGCUACAACUCUUUAUGGUGAGGAAGUGCUCAGUGAUGCAGUUUUAUGUCAUGAUCUGAGAUUAGAUGCAAGUGACCCGAGUCAGCUGUAUGUUGCAACGGUUAGUGGGGCGGUUGCUCACUGUUCCCGCCAUUCUUCGCGCAUGCAUCCACGGGCCUACUUGCCUGAAAUUGAACCUGGAUGCGAAGCCCUCUGCCUUGCUCUAUGUCCUCAUGACCACCGGUACAUACUCGUUGGAGGCAGCGAUGGUGUUGUGAGACUCCAUAGCACCGCCUCAGAAAGACCUCUUACAUCCUGGCAGUCGUCGCCUGACUGUGUCCCUGUAGUGGACCUCCAGUGGUCACCUGCCCGACCAUGUGUCUUUUAUGUGCUGGAUGCUAAUGCUAGGUUACAUAUAUGGGACCUCAGUGCAGGUGACAUCUUCCCAGUCCUGACGGUAGAAACAGGCGGCUUAGUUGGGGGAGUUUUAAGCUCAUUCCACAUUGCUCCCACAAAGACAACCUCACAUCAUCCUCUUCAUGGUGUAUUCGCAAAUGACCAGGGAGAGCUGGUAUUACGGCAGGUCAGUCCUGAAUUUUGCACACAUCAAGUCCUUGAAGAUUACAACACAGAGCUGGAAAGGUUUACGUACUAUGUCAAUAUUAUUUAAAAUCUUAUGCAGGUACACCAUUCCUCUGUUUUGUCUUUUAGGAUAUAAUAAAUUUAUAAAAGUGGUAUUAUACAAAGCUAUACAAAUAAAGUUCAUUAAACAAACGUGAAGCAAAGAUUCUAGUCAGAAUAAUCAUGCAAUUGAAAGUAAUGUGCUAGUCAGAUCUUACCAAUGAAUUACAAGAUUUUUGUGUAAGCUCUUAUGUGUGUAUAUAGUGUAAGGUAGUAUAUUUAUAUACAUAUAUAUGAAUAUAUAUUUUUAUCAUUUUGUUUUGGGUUAUCUUAAUUUGUUUAGUUGAAAUACUUUAAAAUAUAUUAUGAAAGUAUUCUGCCUUUAUUGAUAUAAUAAAAACAAAAAUUAUUGAGCUAAGGAAGCAAAAAUAAAGUAGGAAAGGAAUGAUGAGUAGUAAAUUUGUACCCAUAGGAAUUCAUGAGUACAAUUAUACUUUCAGUAGCUAUCGGUUAUGCAUUCAUAUUCUGCUAUGAAGCCCUGAAGGAUGCUACUUUUGAAAGGCAUUUCUUAGCCAUUAGACACAACCUUGAGAAUGUAUAAAGCACUUCUCAUACAAAGAUAUUAAAAAGUUAAUGAAUUGUAGUCACUUGCAAAACUAACAUAUAUGAUAUGAGUUUGAAAUGUACCUAUUUUUCUUGUCAGGAGGUGAGGGUAUUUACAGAAAAUACAGUUAUUGGUUUGCUUGCAAGGACUGCUAUCUUUACUGGAGGUAGACACUGAAUUUUCUAAACAACUUCUUGAUAAUUGUGAAGUUAGUGAGAGACCUAAUGUGCCAUAUAGUUCUUUCUUGCCAGAAUACUUCCCUUAUUGGCAUACAAAAACAGCUAGGCGUUUUUGUUUGAUUUUAAUAUCCCUGGAGUGUCUGGAGCAGUGUAUUUCAGCCAGAUAUUGGUCAAAAGUCCUUUAAAGCAUCAUGAUGAUAUUCUUUCUUUUUUUGUUACUUAGAUAUACACUUGCUAUUCUGAAAGAAAAUCAUUAUGUAUAAGAAAUAGAAAUAAGAAAUAAUUUUUUGGAAUUAUGAAAUAUUGGGGGUAAAGGUGGGUGAAUAAUUAAUUCUGUUCGUGUUUUGUAAGUAGUAAAUGAAACAAAGGAAAGAACAGGAUAACAGGAUUGUGCUGAGGGCAUGUAAGAGAACAAAAUUCAGCUGUGGUAAAAGGACAAAGUUAAUGCUAUUUGCAGUAUUGCAAGAUAGCGAUGUCAAGUCCUUUUAGGGUUACAUUAAUGAGUAGAAACACUUAUUUGGGUGUUAUGAGUAUGUGAAUAAAUUGCAGACAAACUUUUGCAUCAAGAAUACAAGUACCAGGUAUUAGGUGAAUAGUUGACUUGUUAGCUGCUUAGUAGGUAACUCCUUGGGUAUUAAGAGUAAUAUAAGUACAAUAAAUGAUUAGGUGAGAAAUACAAGAUUUGAACCUAGUUAGCUCUUUUAUCCAUAUAUAUGAUGUUGCUCAGGAGAGGAAACACAGUUCAAGUGGUUUUUGAUUCAGUGUAUAAAGAGAAUUUGCAAGAGUUUCUGGGUUUAUUUAAUUUCAUGCUAGAGAGAGGUAUUUAUUGUGGUUCAUUUAUGAAUGUCACAGCUAAGAAAACUACAGUGAAAGUGACAGUCUGCUGUUAGAAUGUGCUCAGACCUCGGAGUAUUGUUCGAACAAGAACUAUGAAGUAAAAAUACCAGUAGGUAUAGUGAGAGAAGAGAUAGAGCCAGCUGAUUUGUAACUGUACCAAGCAAUUUAUCUGCACAUGCAAACAUGCUGUGAUAUUAUGUUGUGUCUUAUUGUCCGUCCAUAUUAAGGUAAGAAGACAUACAUUAUAAAGUCUGGCUUAUGAUAGUGAAUGAAGGUCAUAUGAGCUUGUUUGGUCAAGAUACACUAGUCUUUGUAGUAGGAAAGGAGGAAGUGAAUUUGUUGGCAAAAAUUUACAGAUUUGUCUUUGGAAAUAGUUUAUUUUAGAGUUCAAAUGCAUAAUCCAAACAGGUUAAAAUGACCUACAGGCAAUCAGGCUUAUCUAUACUCAUUCACACUGACUUCAGUAGCCUCCGAAGCACCUUGUACACAUAUAUUGUAAUUGAUAUAUGUACACAUCCCAUUGUUUGCAUUCUUCACAUGUUCAGUCAUCCUCCCAUAUCUAAAUCAUGCUCACACUUACAUACAUAAUUUUAUUUAAGUACAUUGUUAAAGGGACUUUAUAUUUAUGUUAUAUGAUUUAUAAUCCUGUUUAUAAUCUUGAGGGAAGAAAGUUAUGAACAGUAAGAUUCUUUGAUGUUUUGGCUCUGUUGUCUUCAUUACCAUCAUUAUAAUUUCAGUUGUAUAUUAUGUACUAGAGAGUUUGAAAUCUUACGUAAUAGUUUUGAAAGAAGGUAUUUGUAAUUUAGGAGAAGGUAUAUGAACAGGAGUAUCAUUUAGGAAGGGAAGCUUCGACAAGCAGCCACCUCUCAUCCCCCCUUUCCAAGAUAUGGCUUGCCCGCCUCCCCCCAAACACACACGUGGCCCAAUUUUAGGGCUUUCUAUAUUACUGGGUAAUUUUAUCUCGAGGAAGUAAAUGGUGUUUUAUACACUGUAUAAUUUAUAAUUGUAGACAGCAGCAUUGAUGACAUAUAAUGCAUCUUCUGACCCAUAAAAGCCAAUGCCUAUCCAAAAGCAGUCUAGAAUGAAGCAAUCAAUUGUAUGUUAGAUUUUAUUUAUUUAUUUAUAUUCAUGAAAUAUAUUUCUUUCCUUUCUGAUUUUCCCUGUUUUACAUAUGGAGAUGUCUCUCUGUCACUUUAUCGCACAAUGCUAGAGCCUUUCUUUUGUUUUAUUAUGGGUGUGUUGUGCCCAUUCGUAUAUGAGAUGUGUAUACCAAUGAAUGAUUUCUUCUCUUAACUGUUUUAUAGUUGAAUAAUCACUUCUUUAGCUUAUGUGUCAAUAUAGUGCCAAGAGAGUGGUAGAUUACUUACAAGAGAUACUGAAUUUGCACAAGCAAACUACCACUCUUUUAUGUCAGCUCUUACGUUAAAUUAUUAUUAUAUCUUUCAAAGACAUCUAUACAUAUUCUUCAAAAGCCAAAAAACAAGAAGAAAAAAUAAUGGUUAUAGAUUAUUGUAUAUAAGUCAGAGUAAGUUAAUCCUAGAUGUUCAUGAUGUAGUUAAAGUAUGUAUAUACAUACAUACAUAAAUACAUACAUACAUAAAUACAUACAUACAUACAUACAUACAAAGUUAUUGAAAUUCUAGUCCUUUCUCUCUGUUUCCAUAAUUUAUUUUUUCCACGUUAAGGGAUCAUUUCAUUUGCAUUUGUGAUGAUUAUAUUCAGCAUAUGGAUUGUUCUCUUAAGAUUCUAGAAAUGACAAAGAAUGUAUCAUUGAUGUCAUAUGCUUCAUGAGAAUGUGUGUCAUAGAUGUCCCAUGCUUCAUAUGAUGAGGGCCAGUAUGUGGAAAGGCCGGAUAUAAUUACAUUUUCACGGUACUAAACAGAUGGGAAUUGUCCAGUAAUUGUUACUUAUUUAUACAGUGUUAAUAUUCCUUGAAAAACAGUUGUGUUGUCUUUUUUGAACGUGAUUUGUUAAUUAGUUCAGUUAUCAUGUUAAACACACGUUAAUUCAAAUGUACUAUGGUAUGAAUUAACUCGGCUGUAUGGAUCUUUGGAAAUCAAGGUAUUAAAUGAUCUCAGAGGUGCAGUGUACUCCAACACGUAAACUAUUCCGUCCAUCUGUACAAGGCUAUUUUCGUUAAUCAUGAAAAAAGACAUGUAAUGUUGAUAUAUCCAAAAUAAAGAUAUGUUUAAAAA